UUUAACAUGUUCUUAUUAUAGGCCUUGGUCCAUGACAUCUACUCUGAGCUGGUGGAAGAUGCCUGUUUGGGCCUGUGUUUCGAGGUUCACCGUGCUGUGAAACAGGGCUAUUUCUUCUUGGAUGAAACGGACCAAGAGAGCAUGAAGGAGUUUGAAAUAGUGGAUCAGCCAGGUGUUGACAUAUUUGGCCAGGUGUACAAUCAGUGGAAAAACAAAGAGUGUGAAUGCCCGAACUGCAAAAGAUUGAUAGCAGCUUCUCGCUUCGCCCCGCACUUGGAGAAAUGUCUCGGCAUGGGACGCAACAGCAGUCGCAUCGCCAACCGCAGACUAGCCAGCAACAAUAACAUGAGCAAAUCAGAGAGUGAUCAGGAAGACAAUGAUGACCUCAAUGAUAACGACUGGUCGUACGGUGCAGAAAAAAAAGCCAAAAAGAGAAAGUCAGAUAAGAAUCAAAAUUCCCCAAGAAGACCCAAAUCUCUAAAACAUAAAAAUGGUGAGCUUGGGAGCAGCGUCAGUUCAGAGCCUUACAAGUACAACUAUAACACUGGCAUCAGUUAUGAAACUUUAGGCCCCGAUGAAGUCCGAUCCCUUUUAACAACGCAAUGUGGGGUGAUCUCUGAGCACACCAAGAAGAUGUGUACCAGGUCUCAUCGAUGUCCCCAGCACACGGACGAACAGAGGAGGGCCGUCAGGCUGUUCCUUCUGGGGUCAGUCCGCGCCGACGCUGCCUGAUGCAGACGCUGUGGUGGAGAGCGACAGCUUUGACAUUCCAGAUGGACAGACCCUGAUGAGCCGCCUGCAGUGGGAAGACUCCCCUGAUAUUUCACCCAGUGACUCGGCCUCGUCUAAAGCCAGCACCAACCAUUCAGAUUCUAGGAGGCCCAAGAAAAAGAAGAGGACUUCUCUCGGUUUGAACAGUGGGGAGUAGGAGGAGUAGGAGGAGUAGGAGGAGUAGGAGGAGUAGGAGGAGUAGGAGGUAUAGGAGGAGUAGGAGGAGGAGUAAUAGGAGGAGGAGGAGGAGGAGGAGGAGGGGGGAAGCCUGACUGGAGGCGGCGGCGGCAGCAGCAGCUCUCAGAGUAAUGUCAGCUUUUCGACCAAAAAAAAGAGGCCCAAACUCUCAGCACCUUCUAUUUCCAGUAUCUAUGAUGACCUAAACUAGGAUAAGCCCUGUCUGUCAGAGAAGCUCUCCGUUCAUACCUACAUUUACAGGCCUGAACAGGAUGAGAUAAAACUUGACUUAGUAGUUCUUAUUCAUUCAGCCUUGACACGUAAUUCAAUUUAAUGAACAUUUCUCCUUCUGUAUUAUGACCACAUUGUUCUAAAUGUUGUGGCUAGGGGUCAAAGCGUCCAAUCAGAGUAUCUGCAGGGACCUAUUGGGAAAAAUCCACCUUAAAACAGACUUUACCUAGCCUCACCUAGUUUUAAAUGAAUAGGAAGUCUCCAGCUGUGAAUCAGAAAGACAAUAAAGUCACCAUAUAUGGUGUCACAGUGUCCAGGCAGGUAUUUCAAUUUGCACUGUUGCACUAUAUGUCCACACUGUAUGUGGACACCUGGACAGUACACCCAUAUGCAAUUGUUGAACAUGUCAUUCCAAAACCACAGGGUUUCCAUCAGAUAUUGGAACCUGGCACAAGAGCAUAAGUGAGAUCGGCCACUGAUGUUGAGUGAUCAGGUCUGGCUCACAGUCUGAACUCCAGUUUAUCCAAAAAAGGUGUUGGAUGGGGUUGAGGUCAGGGCUCUGUCAAGUUUUUCUGAAGUCUAACUGGGAAAUCCAUGUUUUUAUAGAUCUGGCUUUGUGCACGGGGAAAGCACCGUAUUGAAAAAGGAAAGGGUCUUCCAUAAACUGUUGUUGGAAGCACGCUAUUAGAUAAAAUAUCAUAGCAUGCUGUAGCAUUAGAUAUUCCUUAAUUAGAACUAAAUGGCCACAGGGGUGUCCACAUACGUUUGGCUGUAAAGUGAAAACAGAUCUUGAAAUUCUCUGUAACGGUCACCAUCACCACAUUAUGUGUCUUCCAGCAAAAGUAAUUCAAAUUAAAGAAUAAAAACUGGCUUGUACAAUA